AAUAAAAGUUAGGGAGAAGGAAGAGAGGAUUUAAGCAUAUGAGAAUGGUAUAAAAGAAAAGAGAAGAACCAAAAAACCGGUCAACUGUCCCUUCUUGUUGCUGUUGCUGUUGCUGUUGCUGUUGCUGGACCAGUCUCCCACUUUUAGCUUCGUUGAAAUUUGUUGGGAAAAGCGCCAAAUGCCCACAACAAUUCACAAACCCAACGCCGCUGCUGCUAUUCAAACCAAUCCCAAAUUCCCUCACCUCCCUUCCCUCCUUUUCUCUUCCAAGCUAGCUCAUGACGCCACCUCCGCCGCCAUGACCAAGCUUUGCCGGAAACUCGUCCGUUGGAGGCUCCUUGAACGGGUCUCCCUUGUCCGUCACUUCUUCCGCCUCGUCUGGGAUAGGCUUUUUGCCUGUUCUUCUGGAACAACUCCUAAAAAAUACCGCCGCCUCCCCUCCCGUUCUCCACCUCCCCCCACCGACGGUGGCUCCUCGCCGGACCAGCCUACCACUAGCGGUGGCUUCGACUCCGAUUUCGAUUUCGACUCUGCUGAUUUGGUUUCUCUUAAGAUUAGUCUCUUGGGAGAUUGCCAGAUUGGAAAAACAAGCUUUGUGAUCAAGUAUGUGGGCGAUGAGCAGGAGAGAAAUAGCUUACAGAUGAGUGGAAUAAACCUAAUGAACAAAACAUUAAAUAUUCAAAAUGCUCUGAUUUCGUUCUGUAUCUGGGAUGUUAAAGGUGACAGCAGUUCACAAGAUCAGCUUCCAUUAGCCUGCAAAGAUGCAGUGGCAAUCUUGUUCAUGUUCGAUCUCACAAGUCGAAGAACUCUGAACAGUGUUGUUGAUUGGUAUACGGAAGCGAGGAAAUGGAACCAGACAGCCAUUCCCAUUUUGAUAGGAACCAAAUUUGACGACUUUGUUCGACUCCCACCCAAUUUGCAGUGGACAAUUGUUAGUCAGGCAAGAGCUUAUGCCAGAGUUAUGAAGGCUACUCUAUUCUUCUCGAGCUCCAUUCACAACAUCAAUGUCAACAAGAUUUUUAAGUUCAUAGCAGCCAAGCUGUUUGACAUCCCGUGGUCCAUUGAGCGGAACCUCACUAUUGGAGAGCCGAUCAUUGACUUCUAACUUUCGUUACACUCAACCUGAUUCUGAUGUACAUACAAUACACGUAAGAAAGAAAGAAAAAGAAGAAAGUAGGAGAAAAAAAUUUCCUUUUUUCCGAACAGGUUGAUUGAUGAUCUGUUUGGGAUUUGUUAUCUGAUAUCUUAUUUGUAACUUUUUGUUUUGAUCAAAGUGAAAGUAUUCUUAUUUAAAGGAAUAAAAAGAAAAGAAAAAUAGAGAAUGGAUGAGAUUCCUCUUUACUCAA